GGGUACAGGGUCAGGACAGGCACAGGUCAAAAACCAGGAGGAUGAGGAAAGAGAGGCUGGGAAACGAUAGGCGCUGACAGGAAAACCGCUGGUUAGCUUGAACGAACAAGACGAACUGGUAACAAACAGACAGAGAACACAGGUAUAAAUACACAGGGGAUAAUAGGGAAGAUGGGUGACACCUGGAGGGGGGUGGAGACAAGCACAAGGACAGGUGAAACAGAUCAGGGCGUGACAGUCACAAGGGACUGUCUCAUCUACCUAUCAACUUUCUUGAAGGUUUGAAAUCUUUAUUAGUAUUCCAGGCAGGGAGUCUUAAUAUUAAGGAGCUGUACCUAGACACAUUAAUUUACACACCCCGGUUGUGGUUCCUUGAUAUCAGUAAGAAGAAGUUCACAGACCUCACUCCAAAGCUGUUUUACCCAAUCUCAAGGCUCAACAGACUAUCUGUCCAAAGGCCGACUUCAGUCCUUAGAUUUCCUCAUAGGAGCAAACCUCAGCAGAGUCACUUUCUUGCAGGUGAGAAAGAACAACAUAACAGUAGUCAAUGAGACAGUGUUGCGUUCUCUCCCUGCCUUGACAUACCUGGACAUGCAAGAUAAUCAUUUUACCUGUGGCUGCAGCAAUGUUUGGUUUGUCCAGUGGAUGGAGAACGACUACCAAACACAGAUUGUUGGAGCCACAGAGUUUACCUACAACUAUCCUGCCAAGCUAAAGGGCACCAAGCUGUUGAACGUUGAGCUUCAGUUCUGUACAGUACACUUAGGACUUUACUACUACAUCUCUUCCACUUCUCUGGUCCUCCUCACCCUGAUAGCAUCCUUUGCCUACCACUUCCUGAAAUGGUAGGUAAUUUACGGCUAUUACCUCUUCUUGGCUUUCCUCUAUGACACCAAGCAAAGCAAUAAGCGCAUGCCUCGUGGCUGUCAGUAUGAUGCCUUAAUCUCCUACGAUGAGCCCUGGGUCCUGAAGGAGCUUUUGCCAGAGCUGGAGGGAGAGCAGGGCUGGAAGCUGUGUCUCCACCACCGGGACUUCCAACCAGGCAAACCAAUCAUAGACAACAUUAUGGACGGCAUCUACGGAAGCCGCAAUACCAUCUGUGUGAUCAGCCACCGCUACCUGGAGAGUGAGUGGUGCUCCCGGGAGAUCCAGGUGGCCAGCUUCCGGCUCUUUGAUGAGCAGAAGGACGUCCUGGUUCUGGUGUUCCUGGAGGAGAUCCCAACCCACCAGCUGUCACCCUACCACCGGAUGAGGAAGCUGGGGAAGAGACGCACAUACCUGAGUUGGCCCAGAGCUGGGGAGCACACUGUGGUCUUCUGGCAGCAACUACGGCUGGCUUUAGAGACCAAGGACAGCCCUGCUGAAGAAAAUCCCAUCGUCUCUGGGGUGGAGGCACUGUGA